AGGAGCGUGGGCUAAAAGGGGGAAAGGCAGAAACGAUCAAACGAAGAAUGAAAAACUGUUCCUCGGGUUUACCACCAUCGCGUGCUCCACUCCACCACUCUCAGCCAACAAGCACUAAACAAACCAAACGAAACAAAUCAAAACAAACCCCUUCCCCCAUCACCACCGCCACACCAAUCCCCCUACGACGUCGUUUCUUCUUCCCCAAAUACUCAUAAAACACACGCACUCACACAGCCAAACACGGUCUUCCUUGAAUGGGCAAUUGCGGCACCAGAGAAGAAUCCGCAGUAGUUUCCAAUGCUCAAGUUCAGCAGCUCCAGGCGUCGUCCUUGAGCUCCAGGAACGCCGGCACCGGCGCCGGUGACAGGAAGCACAGCCGCUCGGUGUCGGAUCUGAGCGAGUCUUGCUCCACGCCGCGCCACUACAACAUCGAAGACGUGAGGAACAACACGCUGCUCUACACGCACGUGAUCGCGUUCACGCUCUACGAGCUUGAGACAAUCACCAAGAGUUUUCGCUCCGAUUAUAUUCUCGGAGAGGGAGGGUUUGGGACUGUGUAUAAGGGGUACAUUGAUGAGAAUGUGAGGGUUGGGCUCAAGUCGCUGCCCGUAGCGGUUAAGGUUUUGAACAAGGAAGGGCUUCAGGGACACCGAGAAUGGCUUACGGAAGUGAAUUUUCUAGGGCAGCUUAGGCAUCCUAAUCUGGUGAAGUUGAUAGGGUACUGCUGUGAGGAUGACCACAGGCUGCUUGUGUACGAGUUCAUGUUUCGAGGAAGUCUGGAAAAUCACCUAUUCCGAAAGGCAACUAUCCCUUUACCAUGGGCUACAAGAAUGAUGAUUGCUCUAGGAGCUGCCAAAGGGCUUGCCUUUCUGCACAAUGCUGAAAGGCCAGUAAUCUACCGUGACUUUAAAACGUCUAAUAUAUUAUUGGACUCUGACUAUACGGCCAAGCUUUCUGAUUUUGGUCUAGCAAAAGCAGGACCACAAGGGGAUGAAACCCAUGUAUCUACCCGAGUCAUGGGUACAUAUGGUUAUGCUGCCCCCGAAUAUGUAAUGACUGGCCACUUGACAGCUAGGAGUGAUGUGUAUAGCUUUGGGGUUGUUCUUUUGGAGCUUUUGACGGGAAGGAAAUCUGUUGACAAGACAAGACCUGGGAAGGAACAGAGCUUAGUAGAUUGGGCACGGCCAAAGCUUAAUGACAAGCGCAAACUCCUGCAAAUAAUUGAUCCUAGAUUGGAAAACCAAUAUUCAGUGAGAGCUGCACAGAAAGCAUGUAGCUUGGCAUACUAUUGUUUGAGUCAAAAUCCGAAAGCCAGACCACUAAUGAGCGAUGUGGUCGAGACAUUGGAGCCCUUACAAAGUUCAAGUAUAGGUGCCGGUGAAGUUUCAUUAACCGGCUCAAAUAGUGUAAGCACAGGGCACUUUCCGAUGACCAAAAUCUCCGACUACCGAAUGCGUCCCAAGUUCUCAAACAAUGUUGGUCCUGGUGCUGCUUGCCGGUCUCCUAACCCUAGCUGCUCGCCGGGUGCUGCAGCAGCAUGCCGGGUAAGAUAAUCGCGUGCAAUGUAUCCCUUAUUUGGUGUGCUUCUCAAAUGUCCCCUUAAUCUCGAGAGUUAUUGAUUGCCAAAAGUGUGGGUGGCUUCCAUGUAUUUAUUGCUGCUUUGUACAUGGUGUAUGGUGAUAAGAAGCCAUGGUAGAUAAAUUUAUCAAUGGUUGGUCUUCUGUUCAUCUCGAUGCAAGUUAUUGUGUGGAAAAAUGUAUGUAUUUAUAAUCAUCGAGGCAUCAGAACUACUAAUAUAACUGGUUGCUCACAGCCUCAUGUACAUGGAGAGGUUGGAACUUAAGCAAGCAAGCUACCUGGUGAGAGAUUAUUAGGUAGAUUGGCUGUAAGAUCAUCUUUUCCCAUCUAACAUGCCUCUACUGCAACCUCAGUUAGUUUGACUGCACUCUCCUGUUCUGCUUUUUUUUCAAGUGGCUUUUUUUUUGUUGAAGAGGAAAAAAAAAAUAAAGACCAAGGUCAUUUUCAAGCUUGCAAGGUUGUUUAGUUAUGGCUGUCUUGCAAGAAAUGUUAGCUUCUGCAUUUGACAGCAUCAAUGUAUAUUUUACAAUGUAAAAAGUAUAAGUGUUGGUGCUGUGUUUGGG